AUGUCUUUUGUAACUCACCUCUUCUCUCGCUUCUCUCCUUCCAGCCUGACUGGCAAAGAGGCCCUGACCCAUUUCCCGUCGCUGGGCGGCCCGGGGGGCCCGGGCCCGGGCAAGGGCCACGUCAAGCAGUGCGAGCUGCUGCAGCUGUCCCGCAGGCAGAAGCGCCUGUGCCGCAGGGAGCCGGGGCUGGCCGAGACGCUGCGCGACGCCAUCCGCCUGGGCAUCCUCGAGUGCCAGUUCCAGUUCCGCAGCGAGCGCUGGAACUGCAGCCUGGAGGGCCGGCCCAGCCUGCUCAAGAGAGGUUUCAAGGAGACAGCCUUCCUGUACGCCGUGUCCUCGGCGGCGCUGACGCACUCGCUGGCGCGGGCGUGCAGCGCGGGGCGCAUGGAGCGCUGCACCUGCGACGACUCCCCAGGGCUGGAGAACCGCAAGGCCUGGCAGUGGGGCGUCUGUGGGGACAACCUCAAGUACAGCACCAAGUUCCUGAAAAAGUUCCUGGGGCAGAAGAGGAUCGGCAAAGACCUGCGGGCUAAGGUGGACAUCCACAACACCAACGUGGGCAUCAAGGCGGUGAAGAACGGCCUCAAAACCACCUGCAAGUGCCACGGCGUGUCGGGCUCCUGCGCGGUGCGGACGUGCUGGAAGCAGCUCUCCCCCUUCCACGAGAUCGGGCGGCUCCUCAAGCUGCGCUACGACGACGCCGUCAAGGUCUUCAGCACCAGCAACGACGCCGUGGGGCACUCGGAGCUGGCGGGGCCGCACAGGCACGGCCCCCCGGGCCGGCAGCCGGCCCUGCCGCGCCCCACGGACCUCGUGUACGUGGAGGACUCGCCCAGCUUCUGCCGGCCCAGCAAAUACUCGCUGGGCACGGCGGGCAGGACCUGCUCCCGAGAGGGCAACUGCGACAGCAUGUGCUGCGGCCGCGGCUACAACACCCAGAGCCGCCUGGUCACCUUCUCGUGCCACUGCCAGGUGCAGUGGUGCUGCUACGUGGAGUGCCAGCAGUGCAUGCAGGAGGAGGUGGUCUACAGCUGCAAGCAGUAGGGACAGCGCCCGCGGGGCGAGGCGAGGCCGGGGAAGCGCCGGGGGGACGGGGACACGGCGCUCUGCUGCGGGGCGAAGGCGAGCGCCCAACGCGGGCUGUGCUCCUGCAGCCUCGGCGUUGAUGCUCCAGCCUGGGGAGAGCUCCUGAGGGAGCGGGGAGAACCGCAGGCUUUGCCGGGUGUCGGGUCAGGAAGGAGGGACAGGGACAGCAGAAACCCUGAUGCAGCCACAAAUGUCCCUCGAGUUGAAACCUGUACUCACCUCUGCGGGAAUAUCCUCCUGCUCCACCGCUCCUGGAAGUGCCCUGGGGCGGUGACAUCGGGACACUGAGGGCGGGUGCCCUGCAGAAAAGAGAAUGAAGGGGCCGGGGAGGCAACAACCAGAGACUGGCUCCGGGUGUGGCAAGGACAGGUGUGCUCCUGCAGCCAGGCAAAAGGACUGUGGCAGCGGGGGAUUGCCAGUGCCGCUCCCUGCGAGCCCUUCCUGCUGUGAACUCACCGACACACUGCUGAAUAAUCUCGUCUUGGCACAAGAACUGUGCCUCGGAAAUACCGGUUUACAGACAAAGGGAGCCUGCGUCCAUCACCUCCCAGGUCUGCAGUUUAGAUAUGGGACUCCAGGUGCAUUUUAACCACCUUUUAACCUUGCAGUUCCAGCUCACCUGGAGUUGCCUCUGUGACAGUGUUUGAGCCGCGGGAGCUCAGCUGAGGGCUGGGAAGUCACCCCCUGCAGCACGUGGCCUCACGGGGGGUAUUUAUUAGUGGUGUCCCAGGAUGAUGGUGCCAGUUUUGCAUCUCUCUUCCUCCUCCUCCCCGCUCAAUCGAUCAAUCAAUCAAUCACCUUUUUGUCCUCUGUGCAGCACACUCUGCCUGAGGUGUGUCACAUCCCACAGUCCUGCCCUGUGCCAAUGACAGCUAAAGCUUCUGAAAGGGAAUUAGAGACCACGGGGACUGGGGCAUCUGAAAAAUGUGUGAGUCCUGAGUGACAAUCCCUGCCCUGAGAAGCUGGGUAUAUCCAGCCCCUGCAGGCGUGAGGGAAGGUGACCCAGGGAAAAGGGCACAGGCUGUUAUAGAGUCAUGAGCCCCUGAC